AUCGAACAGGUUACAUUAUAACGAUAAACAUUUUUAUUAACUACUUUUUGUUUCGUUUAUUAAGUGACGAGAAGUGUUGACCAUGGCUGCUCUAUCAUAUCUGUUGAUUUAUGGCAUGAUUCACCAAUUUGUACUGGAUGAUUCCAUGUAUACAGGAAAAUGUACUGUUGCUCAAUUUGAUGAAGCAUCAAAGGUUAGAGAAGAAUGCUUGAAAUCUAUAACUGGUGCUGCGGAUCUAGUUAACACUAAAGAAAUUCCAGUAGCAUCACCAAUCAGUUUUGCCAGGAAACAAUGUCUGCUUAAAACUCAAAUAAAUGGUUGUGUAGAGAAGGCCAAUGAAGUAGUUAAGGAUUGUUUUGAUGCCACUCAAAAUCAUGCGAUUGAUGUCUGGAAGAAAAUAGAUACCGAAAUAUACGACUACUUGUGUGGUAACAAGGGACGUGUGUCCUUUACCUACUACAGACGAGAGCCUAGCUGUUGGAGGGACGGUGUAGGUAACGCAUCUGAAACUUGUAUCAAAAAUAGCUUCAAAUCUAAAGCACCACUCUAUGAUAUAGCCAAGCUUCAGGAUCACUGCAGUGAAUUCAGCGCUUAUGAGAAAUGCAUGACAGAAAACAAACCCAAGAGCUGCCCUCAGGAUACUAUUGCUAUAUUACUACCGAUUAUAAAAUCUAUAAAGAAUGGCAUCUGUAACGACAUUGUACCAGGUGCAGACGACUACAAACAAUUCUUUAAACAAGCCCUGUCUGCCGAUUUUAUGUUUUAGAUGACGUCAAAUUCAAAAUAAAUAAAGGUUUAAAAUUAAAUAAAAAAUUAAUUAACUAAUGUAGAGUUUAAUAUUAUAAUAAUAAAUGUAGACAGAUAAUA